AUGGCGACACAGGGUCUGGAAGGCGCGGCAACGAGCACACAAGCACCAGCAGUCACCGUCAAGAACUUGGAAGAAGCUUUGCACCUGUUAAAGAUGCAGCCUAACCAUUACGUCGUGGCUUCUAUUGCGGGACGCACGUUCGUCCUGAGUAGUUCGGAUGUGAUUACCGUUCCACGAUUACCAGGGGUGAAGUUGGGCGAUAUACUAGAGCUCGACUUGGUACAUGAAGUUGGAAGCCGUGACUUUACACUGCGCGCACAGGAUCCUGCGCACGGAGCACGGAAUCCUGAGGGUGGUAGAUUCCCAUUGGUGCUGCUCCGCAGUCGAACAGACAACUCGCAUUGUGUUCGCGUCCGCACGGAUGAAUUGGUAAAGUCGGAGGAAGCGCAUAGUAUUGUUCCAUUUUCUUCGUCAUGGGCGGCCCAACUUAUCCCCACAGGUAUGGCUCAUGUUGGUGCAGCGUUGUCCAGUGAUGUUGUCCAGGUCCAGUGUGUUGUAAUAGAGCAUGCGAAGGGACCGUUGGAACGAAUUGAAAAGUUCAAGCGACGGAAAGGUUACGACAAAGUUAUUACACAUAAGCAGCCGUAUACCCGUAUUCGUGUGGAUACCAUCAAGCUUGGGCCUCGAGAACGCUCUUUGUGA